AUCAUAUACGGUGACGUGUGUAAGUCAUUCUACUUCAGAAAACAAGUGAGCGUUCCUGAACCAGAUAGGGAGUCUGAGCGUUCCGGCGUUCACUUGGACCAAGAUACGCCACAGCAAUGCUCUCGACGACAAUGCGCUUGGUGAAUUUGAGAAGCGCCACCAGAGAUACAACCAUGUCUGCCUGAAACAUGGCGACAGCUUUGGUAUUGCUCUAGGAGGCUCAAGCACUCCCGAGACCACGGGGUCAUGCAAAAGACAAACCUCCGGGGCUCCAGGCGAUACCUCAGUAAUAGACUUCUCUACAUUCCAGCUCGUCGACGAGUGGGACCUCACACAAAACAAUCCUCCCUUCUCCGAUCCAGGAGCCAGCACCCCGAACCCAUCCAUCCCCGCCGAAAUCACCGCCCUCUUCCAAACCACUUUGGCCCCCGCUCCAACCCUCACAGCCUCGCCCACCAACUCACCAAUCCCAACCACUACCACCACCGCAACCGCCCACGCCGAUUCAUCGCCCUCGCGCCUCUCCACAGGCGCCAUCGCAGGCAUCGUCCUCGGGGUCCUCGUAGCCCUCAUCCUCGCUCUCACAGCCGCCCUCUUCUUCCUUCGCCGCCACCGCCGCCACCACCGCCAACGCCUCACAGUCCCCCCGAAACCCGCCUCUACCUCUGCCUCCGACACCGACGAAGCUGGAACCUACGUCUCCGGACACCCAUACGAUCCAGGACACGAAUACCGCCGCAGUCUCUCACCACAGCACGAGAGCACGGCUGCGAGUACCCAGCAUAUAUAUGCUGAAGACGCCACGUAUGGUGGCGGCGGGCAGACGGCGAUCGGGCAGAUGGCGGCUACGCAUCUUCCUGCGUAUGAAGUCGGAGCUAGCCGUACGUUUACACGGGAUGAGCUGGAUAGUCCGACGAGUGCGUAUAGCUCGUCGCUGCUGGAGGAUCAUGAUGGGCGGAAUAGAGAGGGGUCUCUGGCGAGGCGGAUGAGUGAUGUGAGUAGUUUGGCGGAGACGGUGGUGGAGGACGAGAGAGAGGUUGGGGCGAGGAGAGGGCGGCAGG